AUGUUGCAGAACUGUGACCUGGCCCAGCAGAGUAUUGUUCAUAUCGUUCAGAGUCCAGAGAAGAACAGUCAGAACAAGGAUGAGACUGAAGAUAACUGUGCUGGAGGUAUUCUAAAAGCCUUGGAAAGAGAACCUGAAAGUUUAACUCGCAUAGAUCUCAGUACCAGCAUCCUCCCAUCACUCUCUGCAGGGUUGGCUGUUAUUCUGGAUACUACAAAAACCAGCAUUUCUCUUCCCUCUGAAAAAUCAGGUGCAGCUACUUACAACAGUUUUUACGUUUUUUGCAAAACUUUCUGCCAAGCUGUGAAGCCUGGGAAACUGAGGGUCCGCUGCAGUGUAUGUAAACAAGGAACACUGACAUUGUCAAGGGGUCCGUCUUGCUGGGAUGAUGUGCUAAUUCCCAACAGAAUAAGAGGUGUUUGCCAGUCCCAAAGGUGCAAUGGAAACUUAGCGGAGUUUUACUUUAAAUGUGGAGCACACCCAACCAGUGACAGUGAAACAUCGGUGGCUUUGAACCUCGUUACAACAAACAGUCGCGGUAUCACAUGUAUAACAUGCACAGAUAUUAGGAGUCCUGUGCUCGUGUUCCAGUGCGUGCAUCGCCAUGUCAUUUGCCUGGACUGUUUCCAUUUGUACUGUGUGACUAUGCUGAAUGACCGCCAGUUCAUCCAUGAUCCAGAACUUGGCUAUUCCCUCCCCUGCGUAG